UUUACCUAGAAUCUGAAGUGCUCGGCGUUUGGCAACACUGAACUGAAGAAUUCUGGGCAUUCUGGCAGCAGGAUCGAGGAUUUUUAUUUUUAUCGCAGGAUUGCAGUGAUAAAUCUCGGAGCGAUAUCCAUGAUAAAGUGCGCAUAAAGCGAGAUGGCAUUAUUCCGGGCAUUGCCCGUCAAAAUCGGCGCGACAUCCAGGAUUAUCUCGAAGAGCGUCCCUACCGUGUUUUAUCACGCAAAUGUACUGGAUCACUAUGAAAAUCCCAGAAACGUUGGUUCCUUGGAUAAGAAUGACGAGCAAGUUGGGACGGGUCUUGUAGGGGCACCUGCCUGUGGUGAUGUGAUGAAACUUCAAAUCAAAGUCGACGAAAAAGGCAAGAUAAUUGACGCAAAAUUCAAGACCUUUGGUUGUGGUUCUGCUAUCGCCUCAAGUUCUUUAGCGACGGAAUGGGUUAAGGGAAAAACGGUGGAUGAAGCAUUGGCAUUGAAAAAUACUGACAUUGCAAAAGAGCUUAGCCUCCCGCCUGUCAAGCUGCACUGCUCGAUGCUUGCCGAGGACGCAAUUAAGGCUGCUCUGUCAGAUUAUCGCAUCAAGCAAGAGUCAAAAACUAAAGAGAAGAACGAGGCGACCAACUAAAUUGAAGCACUAAUGGAAGUGUUUUAAUUAUGCAAUGUGAUAGCAGCAAAAAAUAGAUUUAGCUCACAGAUAUUUAUUAUUUUAAGGGAAUUAUUGUACUACUGUGUUGUAAUCACACUUACUUGGGCCGAGCUAAUGGGAAUUGUACAUUCCUUAAGCUAUAUAUACGUAUUAUCUUUCCUCUCAAAAUGUUUACUAACAUCUGGUGACAAAUCGUACCUGUACUCCCGAAAUUAGUGAAAUAAAUUUAUUUAACUAAA